UUUUUUUUUUUUCCUAAUACACUUUUUUAUAUCUUUAAAAUGGCUCGUACUAAGCAAACUGCUCGUAAGUCCACCGGUGGUAAAGCCCCCCGUAAGCAACUCGCUACCAAGGCUGCCCGUAAGUCUGCCCCCUCUACUGGUGGUGUCAAGAAACCUCACCGUUACAGACCCGGUACUGUCGCUCUUCGUGAAAUCCGUCGUUACCAAAAGUCUACUGAACUCUUGAUCCGUAAGCUCCCUUUCCAACGUCUUGUUCGUGAAAUCGCUCAAGACUUCAAGACUGACUUGCGUUUCCAAUCUUCUGCUAUUGGUGCUCUUCAAGAAGCCUCUGAAGCUUACUUGGUCUCUCUCUUCGAAGAUACCAACUUGGCUGCUAUCCACGCCAAGCGUGUCACUAUCCAACCCAAGGAUAUCCAAUUGGCUCGUCGUCUCCGUGGUGAACGUUCUUAAAUCAUCUAAUUUUAAUACAAAUUUUUUAAGAAUACCCUCUAUUUUAAACUUCAAAACUUGCACCAUGUCACCUUUUUAAGUAUCAUAUUUCCGCCAUUACAUCAAUAAGAAGUGAUUUUUCAAUCUUGUACAGCUCUAAAUAAAUAAAAUCAUGAUAAAAAAAAA